UAUUGUCAAAGAACCAAACCAAAAAAGUCUAAUUUCCAACUAAGAAUAUUAGAUCAGCUCGCCAUUCUCGAACUUUCUCUACCUGCUCCAUCGUUGCUCUCUUUCCAGAGUUUUAUUCUUAUCUCUUCUCUCCGACCAAACGUUCCAGUGGUAAAACAUGGACGCCGCCGCGACCGCGAGUUUGAUCCGAUCUUCCGUCUUACCGCGUCAAACUCCCGACAACGGUGCUGGAUCUAUGUUCCUCACAGCCAGUGGCCUUGGGAUCACGAGUUCUGGUCCUGGACGUCAACUUCGUUUCAAGCAAAACGCGUUUGCUAGAUUCUCAAGACCGUUGCAAAGCUCAACAACUCGGAGAAGUUUUGCGGUUAGAGCUUCGGCAUCUAAUGAUGACGCCUCCUCCUCUGCUGCUAAACCCAUCGCCCCGCUUCAGCUGAAGUCUCCUGCUGGUCAGUUCCUGUCUCAGAUUCUGCUCACCCAUCCUCAUCUCGUCCCCGCCGCUGUUGAACAGCAGCUCGAUCAGCUCCAGACUGAUCGUGACUCCGAGGAGGGACAGAACAAAGAUGCAUCGUCCCUACCCGGAACCGACAUAGUUCUCUACAGGAGAAUCGCUGAGUUGAAAGAGAACGAGAGACGAAGGACACUGGAAGAGAUUCUAUACGCAUUGGUGGUUCAAAAGUUCAUGGAAGCUAACGUCUCACUCGUACCUUCAGUAACCCCAUCGUCAUCAGAUCCAUCUGGUCGUGUCGAUACUUGGCCGACCAAAGUAGAAAAACUCGAGAAACUUCACUCCCCCGAGAUGUACGAGAUGAUCCACAACCAUCUAGCCUUAAUCCUCGGCCCCAGGAUGGGCGACCUUGCUUCCGUCGCGCAGAUAAGCAAGCUCAGAGUCGGUCAAGUCUACGCGGCCUCCGUCAUGUACGGAUACUUCUUGAAGCGGGUGGACCAGAGGUUCCAGCUCGAGAAGUCCAUGAAGAUUCUCCCAGGCGGCGGUGGUGGGUUGGACGAUGGUGAAACAAGCGUCGAGCAGCCGGAGAACAUGACGUUUCAGGCUGUGUCGUCUCACCCCGAGGUGGGCUCGUUUGCGGGUGGGGUUAGUGCUAAAGGGUUUGGUAGCGAGAUUAAACCGUCAAGGUUGAGGACGUACGUGAUGUCGUUCGAUAGCGAGACGCUUCAGAGAUACGCUACCAUUAGAACGAGAGAAGCGGUUGGGAUCAUUGAGAAGCACACCGAGGCCUUGUUUGGUAAGCCUGAGAUUGUGAUAGCUCCUGACGGCACGGUUGAUUCGUCUAAGGACGAGCAGAUUAAGAUCAGCUUCGGUGGAAUGAAGAGGCUUGUUUUGGAGGCUGUGACUUUCGGUUCGUUUCUUUGGGAUGUUGAGAGCCAUGUAGAUGCAAGGUACCACUUUGUACUGAACUAAGAAAAAAAAUAAUGGUGCAUGUACUCUUGUAAUACAAAUGACUUUAACUAUUAAGGGAAUCAUUACUUUUUUAUAAUAA